GAAUUUGUUGCCAUCAUUUUAAAGAGUUAUUUUACCAUGUCUCUGAUUUCUGUGCUGUUCGAAUGACCGUUUAUUGUAGAGGUUGUUAGUCUUGUCAUGUAAAGCACUGAUGUCCUCUACUGUGUGUCCCCGUCUGCGCCAGCGGGCUGUACGUUACCACUCAAAAUAUGACUAUGCUCUGUUUCUAUCCCCUCGUAACUGUCCAUUUAUGUCCUAAUUAUUGUAAACGAUGCAUUAGGAAGAAUGAAAUGCUCCGUGAUUCAGUCAUUGACAGUUAACAGGCGGUUAACUGAAUCUAAUGUCAGCUGUGACAUGUUCAUCAGUGAUUUUUCUGCUAUAAUAACCCUAUUCCCACCUGACAUAAGAUCCGUUAACCACAGCAUACGUUUAAGCUGCAACCAGCAGGCUCUUGGUGGGCUUCAGGAAGUGGUACUACAAUGCAUGCGGUUUCAACAAAAUUGGCUUGAUGCGGGAUGAUACCCUCCAUGAGGACAGUGAUGUGAAAGAAGCCGUUCGUCGGCUCCCAGAACAAGUUUACAAUGACAGAAUGUUCCGUCUCAAGAGAGCUCUGGAUCUUUCAAUGAAACAACAGGUUCUUCCCAAGGAUCAGUGGACUAAAUAUGAGGAGGAUGCGCAUUACCUUGAGCCCUAUCUGGAGGAGGUUGUUCGUGAAAGGAAGGAAAAGGAGGAGUGGGCAAAGAAGUAGGAUGAGUGUGAAGAGACUGAAGCUCCUCUUUGGUGUGAUGUCUGGUGUCUUGUAUUUAAGAGAAAAUGUAUUAUGUGAUGAGCCCCUAUACUUAUUAAAAUUUCCUUUCUGACAACUCUU